AUGUCCUUCGAUCCAAAAGUCAUGGCGAUCUGCGCGGGCGCGCUGGGUUUUCUCUACAUUAUGGCGGUUGAGCCUUUGAAUCCGAAGACCAAGCGGCAGGAAGGCUACAAUCCAGAGCCCUAUGCGUUCCAAUGGAAGGCCAAGUUUGAUGAGUGGAUGGGCUGGAAGCCGCAGACGAAGCUCUGA